GCAGCCAGGUGCCGCUGGCGCCAGUUGGACGCGAUCGGGGCGGAGGAAAAGUGGCGUUUCCGGGUGCCACUCCGCAAGACACCCCCGGGCAAGAGAGGCAAGAUGAGUGGCUCCGAGGAGGAGAGACAGUUGGAGCUAAUCAGCAGCCUGAAAGAGCAAGCUAUUGGUGAAUAUGAAGAUUUAAAAAAAGAAAACAAGAAAACAAAAGAAGAGUGUGACAAAUUCAAACAAGAGAGAGAUGAAGCGGUCAAACAGCUGGAAGAAUUGCAGAAAGUUUCUCACAUGGUUAUUGAGGAAGUCAGCUGUAUACAGAACCAUCUUGAGAUUGAAAAGACAUGUCGUGAAAGCGCAGAAGCUCUGGCUACUAAGCUAAACAAAGAGAACAAGACUCUGAAAAGAAUCAGCAUGUUGUAUAUGGCAAAACUGGGGCCAGACAUCAUGACUGAAGAAAUUAACAUUGAUGAUGAAGAAUCAUCUACAGACACAGAAGGUAGCCCUGGGGCCUGUGACUCAAUGCAGUGCCAACAGAUGAUAAAAGAUCUGCGAGAUCAAAUUAUCUCACUUCAAGAGGAGAAGAAGACUGUUGUCAUUGAGCUGGAAAACCUGAAGAGCAAAUUUGCAGAAGGAGUAGCAGAAGUAAACAAAGUAAAGGAAGAAAAUGCAGUUCUAGCAGCAGAAGUUCACAAACAUCAGAAAGUGUUGGAAAAAUGUAAUCGAAUGUCUGUACUAGCAGUAGAAGAAUAUGAAGAACUCCAAGUCAACUUUGAGCUGGAAAAAAACUUACGAAAGAGGGCAGAAUCCUUUGCACAAGAGAUGUUUAUUGAACAAAAUAAGUUGAAACGGCAAAGUCAGCUGCUGCAGCAAAAUUCCACCCCUGAUGAGCAGCUUUCAAAAGCUGUAGAUGAAAAUGCUAAGCUGACUCAAAUGCUGGAGGAAGAGAGAUUGCAACACCAGCAGAAGGUUAAAGAAUUAGAGGAACAAUUAUCUAAUGAAAUUUUGCAUAAAGAAAUCAAGUCCCUUAAACAACAGCUAGAACUUCUAGAAGAAGAAAAAAAAGAAUUAGAGGAGAAGUGUCAGAGUGCUGAAGAACAAAUUAAGAACUUAAAGCAUUCAGUUGAUGAGCUUGAAAAACGAAUAUAUCAGUCAGAAAAUCCAGUACCACCUCCACCUCCACCUCUACCACCUCCACUUCCACCUCCUCCAAAUCCAAUAAAGUCUCUGAUGUCAAUGAUUCGUAAGAAGUCUCAUCCAAACAGCAAUCUGGCCAAAAAAGAAAAGGCGUCUCAGCAACAAUCAGGAGAAGUAACAGAUCUGAAGAGACAAGCUGUGGAAGAAAUGAUGGAUAGAAUUAAAAAAGGAGUUCACCUUAGGCCUGUUAAUCAGACCAACCGUUUUAGGACAAAGCAAGAAGUGGCCAAACCCUGUGAAAAUGCAAUGAAAGAGCUAAAAGGAAUACUGGAGACUUUGAAUACAUCUGCAAGUUCAAGAAGUUUAAAAUCCCUUGACACAUACAGUGAUGAAACAGAAUUAGAACGAAUUUUGAGGCUCAGAAAAGUGACAACUGAUCAAGAUAGUAGCAAUCCAACUGGAACUUUGGCUACUUCUGAAUCCAAAUCUAUGCCAGUGUUGGGUUCCAUUGAACUGACUAAAAAAUAUUUAGCAGCAGACUUCAGUACCAAAUCUUCAGGGCUGGAUGAACAGGGUCAUAAAAUGGUCAAAAGCACAAGUUCUGCGAUUGCCACUCAGCCAUCCAGCAAUGCAGGGAUUAAAAACAAGGUUGUUGAUGCAGAAAAACAAGCUGAAUUCAUGGUACUAUUGAAUCCGAAGAAAACCAAAGAACAAAUGCCUAAAGUUAUGGAUCAAGGCAAGAUAACUGAAGAUAAAGGUCAACAGCUUCAUAAAGAUACCAGAACCGAGAAAACAAAAGAGAGCGACAGCUCUCUCUGCUAAUUGAUGUGCUAAAAGGAAUUGACUAUUUCUGGAACUCUGUUUCAAUGAUUGUGAGUUGUUGUUUAUGAAUAUGAGAAAGGGCUAUAUUUUGUACUCUUAAUGAGUUUAUACCGAAUCCAAAGUCUUACUUUAGACCUCUUUCUCCUGUUUUUUCUUCUGAAUGAAGAUGAUGAUGUUUAUGAUGUUCAGUUCCUAGAUUAUGCAAAAUGUUAAGAUUUAUUUGAAUAACAUUAUUUUAUAUUAGUACUUUGUUUAUAGCUUGACCCAAAGCCUGCUAAAUCUAAUUUAAAUGAGUAAAACAAGCCUUAAUUAGGAAAUCCAUUAUAUGCUCUUACAUGACUGACAACCACAGAUUAGUGUUUAGUGAACAGAAGACACAAUCUAUCAGUCAUUCUUUAAAAUCUUAUUAAAACUUGGGGGCUUCUACUACUAAGUAAAAAACUUGGUGUAGUCUGGCAUAGUUACCAAGUAGUAGAUUCUGCUAAAGUAAACAGUAUUAGAACUGCAUAAAAGUUAGAACAAAUUAUCUGUGACUGGCAAACUCUACCCUCUGCUUGGCUCACUUAUCCAGGAAAGAUAAUAUUCAGUGCAAUUCCUAUCCUAUUAUUACGGUUGGUUGCACAGUCAGCCAGAUGUUUAGACUGGAUUUGGCAUUUUUAUCCACCUAUUAAGUCCUUCCCAAGGGCC